AGUUCGAGAAGCAGUAUUUAGAGGGGAAAUACACCGAGCCAGCUGCCACAACGACAGACUUCUCCGCUUGGUCUCCUUACGGCGGUCCGACAAUCAACUACUCCUUUUACAAUCACAUUUACACAACAACUCCUCCAUAUUAUUACACGGAUCCUUAUGCUGGAUACAAUACUAAUCCAGCUCCUUAU